AAACCCUCAAAGCCACCACCACACGGCAUUUUUCUUUGUAAUCCAUUUGACUUCACUCCUCUCUAGUCCAACUUUUCUUUAUUAUCCUCUCAGCCUCUAGUUUUUGUUUUCCGUUUUCCUCCUCCCAACAAACCAUAGCCGAUUCCCCCAGCCCUCCCUUUUCCGUCUUUCGUUUCGAUUUCCGUAUUUCCUUUGUGGAUUUUUUGUUUCUUUCGUGAAUUAUUUUGGAAUUGAAGAUGAAAGUGAACGCCGAUGACGUUUGGCCUCCCGGCUUCAGGUUUCACCCCACCGAUGAAGAGCUGGUUGUGUACUAUCUCAAGAGGAAGAUCUGUAAGCGGAGGAUCAAGCUAGAUAUCAUCGCUGAGACUGAUGUUUAUAAGUGGGAUCCUGAAGAACUUCCUGGGCAAUCAUUGUUGAAGACAGGGGAUAGGCAGUGGUUCUUCUUCAGUCCCAGGGAUAGGAAGUACCCUAAUGGAGCAAGGUCAAAUAGGGCAACUCGACUUGGGUAUUGGAAAGCCACCGGAAAGGAUCGCAUCAUAACUUGUAGUUCUCGUAAUGUUGGAUUGAAGAAAACCCUCGUUUUCUAUAGAGGCCGUGCACCAAAUGGUAAGCGUACUGACUGGGUGAUGCAUGAGUAUACUUUGGAUGAAGAGGAACUCAAGAGGUGCCAGAAUAUACAGGAUUAUUAUGCACUUUAUAAGGUCUUCAAAAAAAGUGGGCCUGGUCCUAAAAAUGGUGAGCAAUAUGGGGCACUAUUUAGAGAGGAAGACUGGGUUGAUGAUGAAGCAGAUGUUACUGAAAAUGUUGAUCCAGACAUUCCUACAAAGCAGCCGAAUGGAGAAGUUUAUCCUGUUGAUAGUGGGGGAGCUAAUGAUCAAGCACCAUCUGUAUUAGAUGAUCUUGAUGAGAUGAUAAGACAACUCGCAGCCGGUGAUCCUGAACCACAAAUCAAUUAUGGUUUUGAAUUAACUGAGGUUUUUGGUGAAGAAGAGGCCCAAAGUACUUUGCUAAACACAUCAUCUAGGGAAGUUGUCUUUCCUGAGCAGGAUAGAGUGCCAGUGAGCUUUGAUUUCACCCAGUCAGCUUCAUCUAAUUUGCAACUUUAUGAGGCAUCUGAGGUCACAUCUGCUCCGCCUAAGAAUUCAGAGCCGGUACCACAGCUAUGUGCGGAGGAUUUCCUGGAAAUGGAUGAUCUGAUUGGUCCUGAACCUACUGUUUCUGCUGUCAAGAAUCCGGUAGAGAGCUUACAGUGUGAUGAGUUCGAUGGAUUGAGUGAGAUUGAACUGUUCCAUGAUGCGGUGAUGUUUCUUAAUGACAUAGGGCCUAUUCAUCAGGAAAUGAGUGUUUUUGGGAAUGAUAUGUUAAACCAGGUGGAUCAUCAGUUCCAACCUCAUUCUGUGAUAAGUCAAGCAGAUCAGCAGUUGCAGCAAAAUUUUGUGGUGAACCAGGUGGAUUACCAAUUCCAGUCCAAUUCAGUGGUAAACCUUCUGGAGCAUCAAGUGCAACCAAAUUUCAUGGUAAACCAGUUGGAUUACCAGUUGCAGUGUGGUUCAUUUGGCAUUGGUCAGACCAGCACUCAACCAUGGAUGCCACCGCAUCAAAGUAAUAUUUUUACUCCAGCAGAAUCAGAUCAGGGAAUUCUGUACCCUGCAACUUCAGGUACUUUACAAGAAUUUACGCAACCUCUAGCUGAAGCGAAUCAAACGCAAAAUGGCCAAGAGGGUGGUGGAGGUGCAUCUAGUUGGUUUUCUUCUUCUUUGUGGGCUUUUGUGGAGUCAAUACCUACCACUCCCGCUUCGGCGUCAGAGAAUCCUUUAGUGAACCGGGCGUUUGAGCGAAUGUCUAGCUUUAGCAGAGUAAGAUUAAAUGCUAGAAAUAGCGAUGUUGCUGGUCCUGAUAGCAGUGUAACAAGAAGGCAAGCAGGUAGUAGUAGAGGAUUCUUAAUUAUAUCAAUUCUUGGAGUAUUAUGUGCCGUCUUAUGGAUGUUAAUGGGAAGUGUGAGAGUCCUGGGGAGAAGUAUAUUCUCCUCGUAAUAUAUUUGUAAGUUGGGAAGAAAAAGAAAGCUUCUUUUAGCUGGUAAUGUUGUUGGGGCAGAUUGCUGGAUUCAUUCAGCAUAUUGGGAAACUGAAGUAUUAUCUAAAAUCAUGUGGAUUCUCGAAUGUAAAAGAUGAAGUUUUGUCUAUCUAGAAAUACAUGCUGACAAAUGAUAUAAUUUAAAAAAUAUAUAUAUAUAUAUAUUUUGUUUGUGCAGUCAA